AUGUUGAAGAGCGGGCUCUUGCGGUGUUGUCUACUAAUCGCGCUGGGCACGAUAGGGAUAUGGGCUAAUGAGGAUGUUGGGAAAGAUGGCGAGUUGGUAUUACACAAGGUGGCUAGGGUGCCACAAGACGAAUAUUCAUUCUUACGGAAUGACUUCAAUCAUGCAGUUGCCGAGGAGGAUAAUACGGUCAAGAGAUUUAUAGUAGAAACGAUACCGGACUCAACGAGAAGGAGUCCUAAAGAACAGGCAGCUCCAGCUCUAACGACUCCCCAACCAACGCCGCCGCCGCAGAAGCGCCAGGACGAUGGCCAAAUCCAGGCUCUCUCGCAACAGCUCCGGUCACUUUCAGAGUCCGCGACACGAGCCAUAUCAUCCGUGUCAUCAAGCGCUUCUUCGGCCAUGAGUCUCGUAUCUCAGUCCGCGCAAUCUGUCCGGCAAUCUGCUGAUCAAGCGGUUCGGUCUGCUAACCAGAACGCCGACGAUGCUAAUCGGCAACUAUCGCAAACCCAGUCGUCGGCAACCAGCGCCGUAUCUGCGGCAAGCGCGCGCGCGAGUGACGAUAUAUCGCGAUCGCUAUCAAGUAUGAGCAGCCGGAUAUCGUCUAACUUGGCUAGCGUUCAGAGCAGCGCCAGUAGCGUAAUCAGCGCCGCUAUGGUUGAGGCAAGCUCGAGCGCUGCGAACGCAGUAAACAUAGCUGCGAGUCAAAUUCAGGAGGCGAGGGCAGAUGCAAGCGGUGUUAGGGGCGAUGCAAGUUCUAUCGUAUCGCAAGUACAAUCUAACUCGGUCUCAGGCACGAAUGUUGCCAUAAUAGUCACCGUGUCUGUGCUCGGUACAGCUGUACUAACAACCAUCGCUUCGUGCUUCAUCGUACGCUAUCGACGAAAUAAGAGACGUGAUCGCGAGGGUCUAGCUACAGCAAUCAAUAACAACGAGAGUCAGUAUGAAAAACCAAUCGCAGUCCGCGGCACGCCGGGAACUCCCCGUUUUACGCCGUUUGGUGGUGGGACCGGUUAUCCAAUGGACAAGUUCAAGCUUCCGGACUUGACCUUGAGCCCCUUUUUGAAAAAGAAAACCAACACAGGAAGUCCAAGCGAUAUUGGUUUCGCGCGAAGUACUUACAGUAAUAAUGACGGCAAGGCGUCUGUUAAUACCGAUGUCUACGGCGUCUCGCCGACAAGCUUCAGGUUGAAGAAAGAUAAUAGCGUCAAGAGCGCAACAAGUGUACGACUUAUCAGAGUGGGCAGCAAUAAUAAUAAUAAGGGGAAAGAAAAAGGCAAAGAGGAAGAUCAAAAAGCUCUACUUAGUCCGAUACUCUCCCCGGCGCCAUCACUCCCUGUAGAGAUGCCGAUAGUGUCGACAGCACCGGCUGCGGUGUCAACACCACCACCCCAGCCGCAGCUCUUUUCGCCAGCUUCGCCAACAAUGCUGGCAUCACCUAUAGAGCCACAGAUUUCAGAACCGGCACGAGCGACUAUUCGGCCUGUUCGAAACUCGGAAGCGGCAGAGGAGCCCGACAUAAAUCCAGUUAAUCGCACAACAACAAUGACCAGCCAGAACCGACUCCGAUUUCGUGACAGCAGCGAUGUGGAAUCAGCCGAACCCUCACCAGCGAACUGGACACUAUCAACGGCGCGUACUGUAGCCACAAUGAACCCGAUGCGGAACACGAACACGGCUAGCCUACGGAUGACAACCAUGAGUACUAAUGGUAGCGACAACGGCCAGUCGCCGCCUCGGCGUCCCAAGAACGCGGGUGCUAGCUUCGCCACGUUCCCUAAGGUGCGCGACGGCCCGCCCAAGGGUUCCGCCGCCGAGGCUAUCAUGAACAGGAACCGCACGGGUUUAAACGGCGUCACGGCACGGCUGCGCAAGGAGACGGAGCGUAGACUGCGCGAAUCGGCUGAAAUCGGCGGUGCUAGUGACACGGUGAGGGCGAGCAGGGGCCCGAAUUGGCCUUUCGGCGGUAACUAG